GGCCGGCCGGAGGCAUGGGCUGCAUCGGCUCCCGGACUGUAGGAAAUGAAGUAAUCGCUGUGGACUGGAAAGGGCUGCGAGAUGUGGACCAGAUCAAUAUGGACAGCACCAGUUCGCUACACGGCAGCAGCAUUCACCGGCCCUCCACGGAGCAAACACGGACAGAUUUCUCUUGGGACGGCAUUAAUCUCUCUAUGGAAGACACAACCUCCAUCCUUCCCAAGUUGAAGCGAAACUCCAACGCGUACGGGAUUGGAGCCCUUGCUAAGUCCUCUUUCUCUGGCGCCUUAGGGAUAUCUCGCAGCAUGAAGGAUCACGUCACCAAACCCACGGCCAUGGGCUCGGGUCGUGUGGCUCACAUGAUCGAGUGGCAGGGCUGGGGCCAAGGCAACACUCAGCAGCAGCAGCACACCCAUGAAACCAUCCGCAAGGACGCCGAUGCCUACUCUGACCUAAGCGAUGGUGAGAAGGAGGCCCGAUUCCUUGCAGGGGUGAUGCAGCAAUUUGCUAUCUCCGAAGCCACCCUCAUGGCUUGGUCUUCCAUGGAUGGCGAGGACGUCAGUGUCAACUCCACACAGGAGAACCAGGCUGGCAACUACAGUGAGAACUACCAGGAGAUGAUGGAGAACCAAGAUCACCUGGCCCAGGCACAGUACGACAGCUGGCCCCACUCGUAUGUCUCGCAAGGCAUGUAUUGCCUAGGCUCUUCCGAUGCCUGGGAGACGAGCGACCAGUCCCUCAUCGCUUCCCCAGCUGCCAGCUCUUACGUCGGCCAGAACUUCGAAGAAUCCCAGCCCAACCUUCAGGAGAGCGUUCUGAUCCAGAACAACCUUAUCCAGCAGCACCAGUUGCUGCAACAACACCAGCAGCUACAGCAGCUACAACAGCUGCAGCAGCUACAACAGCAGCAGCAGCAACAGGCGCUGCCCCCAAAUACAGGCCUAGUGGAUGUUUGGCCGGCUCAGACAGUUCCUAGCAAUGGCGGCGACAGCGCGGAAUCCAGCACUGUCGUAGGUGUUCACACAGAGGAAGAAGGGAACGCCGUGGUGGAGAAAGGCCCGCUUUUGAACAAGAAGCCCUCGCCGGAGGAGGACGAUGUGGUGUGUCGGGACCUGGAGUCCCUUUCCCCUCGGGAGGAGCCGGAGCCCGCCGCCCUCAGCCGCAAGGUCUCAGACGUUACGUCAUCUGGAGUGCAGUCUUUCGACGAGGAAGAAGGUGAAGCCAACAAUUGAUGCUGCCACGCAGAACCCCUUUGCCAUUAUGCAUGGGAAACACGGGUGGGGGGGAGUGAUAGGGAAGCCCUUCUCCAGCUCCUCAAAUUCCCCAGGCACAUGAGCACAUUUGGGGUGUUUUUUUUUUCCCUUUUACAGAAAGGGUAAUCCAAGGACCGAAAUUUCGGGGCAAUGCGAAGCCCCCCCCCCCAUCUCUUCCUGCACGGGGUGAACUGAAGACUUGGGACCUUGGAUGGGGUGGGCACAGGAAGCUCAGGGAACGGACAUCCUAUGACUUUGGGGGGCAGGGUGCACUGGGAAGCAGGGCUGCCUCACUUGGGAUGCAAACUUAGGCUUAAUAUGGCGACGGAGAGGAUCUUG